AUGGAUAUAGGUAAGGGAGAUAGUUCGUCAGAGGAGGAGGACGACAAUGAUGAUGAAAUAGAAGAGGCCGAUGAUGGAAUGAACGAUCAUUGGGAUAAAGGUGUGAUAUGUGAAGAAAAUGGUGAUAUGGCAACUUCUGUAAGAUCGACGACUGGAACAACAGCAACGGAAAUAAUAACAGAAGAACAAGAAU